AUGGCCUACGCAACCAUCUCCCAGCGUAAACUGGCCGAAUUGGACGCCAGAAUCCCCUCCGAAUGGAGACUGUCCGAGUCACAGAUCCCCCCCGGGAUGCUCUCGCCCGCCGAAUCCAUCACCCACGUCAAGGAGUACGGGAGAGUCAACGUGACGGACAUCCCUCGGACCUGCGGGCUGCUCUCUGGCCGCGAGCUCGAAAUCACAGAACAGUAUGACGUCCGCGAAUUGCUGCGCGCCAUGGCCGACAAACGCCUGACAGCCGAGGAGGUCGCCACCGCUUUCUGCAAGAGAGCAGCCAUCGCGCACCAACUCACCCGCUGCCUGACGGAGCCGCUCUUCGACCGCGCCGUCCAGCGCGCGCGCGACCUAGACGCUUACCUCCAUCGCACCGGCCGCCCCGUCGGCCCGCUACACGGCCUCCCCGUCUCCGUCAAGGACUGCUUCCACAUCAAAGGCGUCGACUCGAGCAUCGGCAUCGCAGCGCUGGUAUCCCGCCCCGCCACCGAAGACGCACCACUCAUCCAGCUCCUCACCGCCCUGGGCGCCAUCGUCCUCGCCAAGACCAACGUCCCGCAGACCAUGGGCGCCCUCGACAGCGCCAACUUCAUCUUCGGCCGCACGCUGAACCCGCUGAACCGCGCGCUCACCGCCGGCGGCUCCUCGGGCGGCGAGGGCGUGCUCGUCGCGCUGCGCGGGUGCAUGGUCGGCUUCGGCACGGACAUCGGCGGGAGUAUCCGCGUGCCGGCGAUGUGUAUGGGCGUGUACGGCUUCAAGCCGAGUGUAGGGCGGGUGCCCUUCGGCGGGCAGGAGAGCGGCCAGGUGCCCGGCAAGGGGCGGAUCGCGUUGCAGGCUGUUGCGGGCCCGAUUGCGCGGUCGGUUGCGGAUCUGGGGGCUGUGAUGGCGGAGAUUGUGCCGAGGGCGGAGCUGUUCGGUGAGGAUUGCAUCCCUGGUUUGUGGGCGGGGGAGUUCCCCCGUGCUGGACUUGGACUUGGGUCGGGGGUGCAGAGGAGGAGGAAGGUGACGAUUGGGGUGCUCCGCUCGGAUGGCGUCGUGCAGCCGCUGCCGCCUGUGGCGAGGGUGCUGGAUGAGGUGGCGCAGACGCUGCGCCGGACGCAGGGCGUCGAGGUGGUUGAGAUUCCGGUGCUGCCUGCGCUGUCGAAAUGCCAGGGUCUUGCGGGCCGGCUGAUGGGCGUGGAUGAUGGGUCGACCAUGCUGGAUCUGCUGGAGUCGACGGGGGAGCCGUUGAUCCCAUGGCUGCAGGGCCGUAUGAAGCGCGGCAAGGCGCUGAGCGUGGUGCAGCUGGCGCAGCUGCAGGCGCAGCGGUCUGCGGUUGAGAGGGAGCUGUUGGGAAUGUGGAUGCGCGAGGGUGACGGCGACGGCAACGGCGACAGGCUGGCGGGCCGGCAGGUCGACGCCAUCAUCCUCCCCGUGGCGCCGCAUCCGGUCCCGGAGAUCGAUCGGUAUAAUGCUGUGGGAUAUACGUCGUCGUUUGUGCUGCUGGAUUACCCGGCGGGAGUCAUCCCCGUGCGGAGGUUCCGCGAGGCGGAUCUGGAGCUGGGCAAGGAGAUGACGGCGCCGGUGCUGGGGAGCUGGGACAAGGCGAAUCGGCUGUUAUGGAACGAGAAAACGGUGGAUCGGCGGGUAUACCUCGACUCUCCCCUGAGCAUUCAGGUCGUAACGCCCAAGCAGCACGACUACGAGCUCUACCGGGCCAUGGAGAUUAUUGACCGCGCAGUGCGAACAGAGGAGCACAAGACAGUGGCCAAGCUGUAG